CUUUCAUGUGCGGAAAGGCUGCCCCUACUGAGCGUGAUGACAUCACGUCACAGUCGCCUUAGCCACUAACGCCGCACCCCACGGCUUUUCCCUCCGUAGUAACCGGGUGGAAGGGAGCAAAUAAUAAUUUUUUUAAAAAAAGAAAAAACCCACCAAGUGUCUGAAGACGUGGCAGGCGACCUGAUCUCUCUGUCUCCAGCCACAUCCAUUGGCCCUGACCAAAGGUUAAUAGACAGGUUGCCAGCACCAUGAAUUGGAACAAAGGUGGCCCCGGCACGAAGAGGGGCUUUGGUUUUGGUGGCUUCUCAAUAUCCACUGGGAAAAAAGAAGAGCCAAAACUCCCUCAACAGUCCCAUAGUGCUUUUGGAGUCCCUGGUUCUUCAGCUGGGUUUGGAAAGACACCACCCCCUCAGCUGCCUUCUUUUUACAAGAUUGGAUCAAAGCGAGCAAACUUUGAUGAGGAAAAUGCGUACUUCGAGGAGGAGGAGGAAGAUUCCAAUAAUGUUGACUUACCAUACAUUCCUGCUGAGAACUCUCCCACUCGGCAGCAGUUCCAUUCCAAACCACUUGACUCGGACAGUGAAGAUGACCCAUUGGAGGCUUUCAUGGCAGAAGUGGAGGAUCAAGCUGCUAGAGACAUGAAGAGAUUAGAAGAUAAAGACAAGGAAAGAAAAAAUACAAAGGGUAUUCGCGAUGAUAUUGAAGAGGAAGAUGAUCAAGAAGCUUACUUCCGUUACAUGGCAGAAAACCCCAAUGCUGGUGUGGUUCCAGAAGAGGAGGAAGAUAACUUGGAGUAUGAUAGCGAUGGCAAUCCAAUAGCACCAUCCAAAAAAAUCAUUGACCCUCUUCCUCCUAUUGAUCAUUCAGAGAUUGAAUACCCACCGUUUGAGAAAAACUUCUAUGAUGAGCAUGAAGAAAUCACUAGCCUCACUCCACAACAAGUGGUGGAGCUACGCCACAAGCUAAAUCUCCGGGUCUCUGGUGCUGCUCCUCCAAGGCCAGGAAGCAGUUUUGCUCAUCUUGGUUUUGAUGAGCAACUUACACAUCAGAUUAGGAAAUCAGAAUACACUCAACCCACCCCUAUCCAAUGCCAGGGUGUUCCAGUGGCGCUGAGUGGCAGAGAUAUGAUUGGUAUUGCAAAGACAGGCAGUGGGAAAACUGCAGCCUUCAUUUGGCCCAUGUUGAUUCAUAUCAUGGAUCAGAAGGAGCUGGAGCCAGGGGAUGGUCCCAUCGCAGUGAUUGUGUGUCCAACCAGAGAGCUGUGCCAGCAGAUCCAUGCAGAAUGCAAGCGCUUUGGGAAGGCCUACAACCUACGCUCUGUAGCAGUGUAUGGUGGAGGAAGCAUGUGGGAGCAGGCCAAGGCUCUGCAGGAAGGGGCAGAAAUCAUCGUCUGCACUCCAGGCCGCUUGAUUGAUCAUGUGAAGAAGAAAGCAACCAACCUUCAGAGGGUCACUUACCUUGUGUUUGAUGAAGCCGACAGAAUGUUUGACAUGGGUUUUGAAUAUCAAGUCCGAUCGAUUGCCAGCCAUGUACGUCCUGAAAGGCAGACUCUACUGUUCAGUGCAACUUUCCGGAAGAAGAUCGAGAAACUGGCCAGAGACAUUCUGAUUGAUCCUAUUCGAGUGGUGCAGGGAGACAUCGGAGAGGCAAAUGAAGAUAUCACUCAAAUUGUGGAGAUCUUCUCCUCUGGCCCCAAUAAGUGGAACUGGCUGACCAGUCGCCUAGUGGAAUUCACCUCUUCGGGAAGUGUCCUCCUGUUUGUUACCAAGAAGGCAAAUGCAGAGGAACUGGCCAACAACCUUAAACAAGAGGGGCACAGCCUGGGGCUGCUACACGGUGACAUGGACCAGAGUGAAAGGAACAAGGUCAUCUCAGAUUUCAAGAAGGGGACUUUCCCAGUUCUGGUUGCUACUGAUGUGGCAGCUCGUGGUCUGGAUAUUCCUUCCAUUAAGACUGUGAUCAACUAUGAUGUGGCCCGCGAUAUUGACACCCACACCCACCGAAUUGGUCGUACUGGGAGAGCAGGAGAGAAGGGUGUGGCCUACACCCUGCUGACUCAUAAGGAUAGCAACUUUGCUGGAGAUCUUGUUCGGAAUUUGGAAGGGGCCAAUCAGCAUGUUUCAAAAGAACUCUUAGACUUGGCCAUGCAGAAUGCUUGGUUCCGGAAAUCACGUUUCAAGGGAGGGAAGGGCAAGAAGUUAAAUAUUGGUGGCGGUGGCUUGGGGUACCGUGAGCGCCCUGGCCUAGGAUCAGAGAGUGUGGACCGUGGGAGUAACAGUAUAAUGAUCAACUAUGAGGCAUAUAAGCCAUCCUCAGGAGCAAUGGGAGACAGAUUGUCUGCAAUGAAGGCAGCAUUCCAGUCCCAAUAUAAGAGCCAUUUUGUUGCUGCCAGCUUUAGCAACCAGAAGACAGGCAGCUCUUCAGCAGGUGCCAGCGGGUGGACAAGUGCUGGCAGCUUGAACUCCGUGCCAAGUAAUUCAGCACAGCAGAAUUCAGCGAGACCCGACAGUCCCAUGGGCACACCAGGUGUAGCAAAGGGUAUUCCAGGCUUCACAAGUGGUGGAAACUUAAACAGCGUCUCCAACUUCCCAGGUACUGGAAUUCAGGGGUACAACAGUGUGAAUACCAGCAACAGAGAAGGUGGCAGUGGAGGCAGAGAAAGGUACAGCGACAGUCGGGGCAGCAGUCGCCACAGUGAUGGCCAGCGCCAUGGGGAUGGGAGUGGUCGCCAUAGUGAGGGCCAGCGCCAUGGGGAAGGCUAUCGCCAUGGUGAAAACCGCCACGGGGACAGCCAUCGUCACAGUGAAAGCCGACAUUCUGGUGGUGGGAGCAGCAGUAGCCGCCAUGGGGACAGCCGGAACAAUGGGGACAGCCGGAACAGCAGCGAAAGCAGAAACAGCGAGAAUAAGAACACAGAGAGCAGGAAAGAUGGCAACGGCAAGACAGAUGGCAACGGCAAGACAGAUGGCAACGGCAAGACAGAUGGCAACGGCAGGGACACCAGCAAGACAGAUGGCAACAGCAGGGACACCAGCAAGACAGAUGGCUUUGCCAUUCCCGAACCUCCAAAACGCAAGAAGAGUCGAUGGGACAGCUAAGAGCCCAAGGUCUCCCUCUCUGUCACUCUAAAGAGGGUCUCUCUACCAGUGUGGCUACUCAGAAGCUUAACAGUGAACAGCAACAAUCCCAACCAAGCCUUGGCUGUUGUAUCUGCAGAUAGCUUCACUUUAAUGGCACGUCAAUGUUGUGCUUUGAUCAAAAGGAAAGCAUUCCCUUUCUUGGAACUUCUCUAUGCUCUGACUUUUAGACAUCCAUCCACCUUGAGGGACUUCAAAAGACUGAUUUCCCAUUUAGCAACAACAAUUCAUCUUUGAGUGAGUUUCUUUUUUAACGGAAUGUUUCGAGAAAGAGGCUUUGAAGGUUUGUUUUGUUCAAAUCAAUGUGGACUUGUAAACUAGCCCAAUAGGUUACCUGCUUGCCCCAUCAGUCCUAUCAAGUAUCCCUCUCUUCAUCCCCAUUGUCACUAUGCUUUUGCACCUUUAUUUACUAGUUAUAGUGACCAUCUGUGCCAUCUGAUUUCCAAGUUCCUGAUUAUAUGUUUUUGCAUGUAUCCAGCAGUAAAUAAGACAUGCAGAGUAUCGUAUGAAAACCUGGUAGUCUGGACUAGGGUGCAGCUGGCUAUUGCAAGUGACAGAUGUGGGAGGAAUGAUGGGCUCUGACCCAGAAGUGGAGAGAGAGCUCACAGUUGAACUUGCCCAUCUACACAGAAUCUCAGGCCUUGCAUGGAAAGCAUAAUGUUUCAUUAUGACACAUCAUUUCUUCAGCUAAUCUCUUUUCAUCUGAUUCAUCAGGGCUGAGUAGCUUAAAUCCUUACUUUGGGAUUUGUGAGCAGAUUCUCAGGCUUGAUUCCUUCUUCAUCCUUUCCUCUCUUUUUUUUGUCAGUUGUCCACAGUUAAGGCAGAGAGGACAGGCCAAAGGUUAAAUCACUUCAUCCCUCCUACUGACUUGGUAGUUUCAGCAUGCUAAUAGCUAGUAGAGAGAGCUUGACAUUCUAUUCCUAGGAGUAGGAGGGAGAUGGUUGUAAAUAUGUUAGUGGUACAGCCUGCAGAUUUGCCACUUUCUCCUCCAUACUUAAGCCAGAUAUAAUGAGUUUUGCUGGAGCAAAGAAUAGUAUGAUACACACACACUUAUGGGGACAGAAUGGUAACCUUUCUCACUCAAAUCUACAUUUUUACACAACCUGCCAUCUUCUGUGUUCUGAAUACUUGCUUGAGGGAGCAAAGACUUGGAAUGCUGUGGGAAAACUGCUUGAUAGAGACUAGCAGAAUCUCAGGCUGCUGAGAUCAAAGCUUCUCCGUCUCCAAGGAUGAUCCAUUUUCUACUCAUGUUGGUCUCUGAACGUGUGUAUGGGCAAUAGAAGCUACAUUAAGCCUGAAGAGGAUAGAAAAGAUGGAGCCACAGGGAUAGUCCAUCCACAGGACUAUGAAGCAAGUACAGUGAAAAUAGAUUCUUUCAACAGUGUCCAUUUGGGUGUGAACUUGUGCAGAUUGCUUUGUGAAUAUUCCAGAAGCUGUUUCCCACCCAUCCCCCAGGGUAAAACAGGUUUCGGGGGGAGGGAGAUCUUUCAUAUAUAGCAUCAGGUUAUUGUGAUUUGGGGGCUGAACCAGGAAGAUUUCAAACCUUGUAAGUUUGGGACUAGCUGUUGAAGAAGUGUAUAUACAGCUAUGUUAAAGUUGGACUUAUGUGAAACAAUGUGCUCCUUUUUCCAAAAUGACUGUUGUGCCACAUAUGGAAAGAAGCAAAUGUAAAAAUUGUUUUGUUUUUGUUUUUUUAACAGCGUGUUCUUGGGUUCUUUACUCAGAUUCUUUCCCUCCCUCCCUUUUUGCCAGAGUGGUAGAAAAAACUCGUUUGCUGGAAAUAUCUCAGUUCUUGCUUAUCAUUUUUAUGAAGAAAUAUCUGAAACUGUCAGGAUUCUGUAACAUGCCGUUCCCUUUACUUUCUGCUUUCUCUUCUAGUAAAUGUUUUAUUA